CUCAAGGAAGAAUGGCUCGCAGACAAAAAUAUCCAAAAAAAACUAUAAAGAGAAAUGGCGUUAAAAAUUACAUGACAUUUACAAACGACUCACAUCCAGGUCAAUCAGGAUUUCCUGUUGAAGAAAGUUACUUGAAAGAGUACCUUGAUUACAAAGUUAAACAAUGCAAUGUGAAAGCUUCUUCCUUGAAAAUUUACAUAUUGAACAUUAAAGCUCAUAAUAAAGAUGGUGGAUAUAGUUGGAAUCGUUCUACCUUUGAUCCUAUUAUAAAAGAUGCGUUGGAUUCAUUGAAACGAGUAGACAGCUUAAGUUCUCCUAACUUAGGCAUACAAAAAAGUGCCGCACCGAAUGACAACAUUUCCUAUAAUUCGAAUGAUGGAUGUCAAUAUCUCCCACUUGGAUUUAAUCCUCCGAAUUUCCUUUCUCUUCCUACCG